AGAUAUCAUCUAAUUAGGCCCACCACACAAUGUAUUUUGUCAAACAGCCAAUGAGUUAACAACAACUCAUCAUUCGUUGGUUUCGUCACAAUAUUCUUUCGUAACCCAUAACACUGCUCUAGAAAAUGUAGUAUUCAUUUAUACAAGGGGAAGAGCUCAUCUUCAGUCUCCUUCACUCUGGUAUUUUAUUGGGGAAGGGGUGUUUCUGUCUUUCUUGCACGAAACGGCUAUAACAAACUUCGUGGUGUGCAUCCAAUAGAACAACGCCACGUUGAGGUUACAUUUUCCCGCCCAAUCUUGAAGGUUCAUCAAUGGCGUCUUCACGCGCGUUCUUCCUCCUCCACGCUCUCCCUCUCUUCUCGCUCUUCUUCUCUCUGUCAACCGCUCUCCCCCGCGACGCCAUUCUCGACGCCGCCGAUGUCCUCACCGACACAGGUUUCGUCUCCAUGGGCCUCACGCUCGAAAUCGUCGCCGAAACUCUACUGGAGCACUCUCCUUCCGCCACCGUCUUCGCCCCCUCAGACUCCGCCUUCAAGAAAUCCGGCCAGCCUUCCCUCGACCUCCUCCGCUACCACUUCGCCCCGCUCCCCCUCCCGCCGCGAAGCCUCCGCAUCCUCCCCGCCGGAUCUAACAUCCCGACGAUGCUCGCCGGUCAGUCACUCACAGCCACCACCUCUCCCUCCGACCUCAUCGCCUCCUUCAACAACGUCAAGAUCACAUCGAUGCCGAUCUACGACGACGGCUUCCUCCUCGUUUACGGAAUCGAGAGGUUCUUUGAUCCAACGUUUCAGUACACCGGUCCCAAUCCGAAACCUAAUCCCAAUUCCACUUGUGCGUUGAAGAAUAGCACUGCAGGUUCCUCCGAUUCCUUCGAUCAAGCCGUCGAAACCCUAAGUUCCGGCGGAUACUCCGCCAUGGCUUCGUUUCUCGGAAUGCAGCUCUCCGGCGUAGCAGAGCAGAGUGGAAUAACCGUUUUUGCUCCGGCGGAUGAGACGGUGCUGAGCCGCAUCGGAGAUUUCGGAGAUUACCCUGCGUUCUACCGGCGCCACGUCGUGCCGUGCAAGCUUCUGUGGAACGACCUGGUGAACAUCGGGGAUGGGACAGAGCUGCCGACGUUCUUGGAGGGAUUUUCCAUCAACAUCACCAGAUCCAGUGGCAUUUUGAUUCUCAACGGCGUUCCGGUGUUCUUUCCAGAUAUGGUCUUCAAUGACAAGAUGGUUGUUCAUGGCCUCGGUGAUGUUCUUGCUGCGCUGGAUAACACUCAUAGGGUUGUUGACUCUCUCUAUGACUCUGACUCUGACGUUGAUGGUGAAGAGAAUCUGUUUGUCCCUGAUGAAUUUUGAGGCACACCCAUGGUGUUGAUGAUGAUCAGAAUUUGUUUGACUAUGGCGAAUUUUGAAGCUGAGAUUUCUAGUGCUAGUGUCUCUUUCUGUAAAUUUUCCAGCUACUGAUGAUGAAUGUGUCUAAACUAGUGAAUUCAGAGUGUUUGGUCUAGUAGACUGAGAUUUCAUUUUUUUUUCAUAUAUGUGACAUGAACUAUUAUUA